GGAAGGCUGUGAUUCUAAUUUCUAUGAAGCAAGUUGCAACCAUGUCCCAUAAAUAAGUGGUAGCGCCAAUCUUGCAAGGGCGUUAAAUCAAAUAAAGGGUGAAGAGAAGGAAAAUGGCGAAACGAAUCCAUCUCUCAAAAUUCUCCGUCGGUAGUACCCUGAACAAACCCCAAAAAUCCCUCUUGCUUCCUUCCUGCAAGCCCUUCUGCUCUCUCACAGAGAAGCAAGAACCUACGUCUACUACAAACAACAGCACCACCAACCUCCAAGGUCAAGUCCAAGAACAGGCCCGCCAUGAACAUGUUCAAAAGCUCCAAACCCUCCUCCAACAGGGUCGUACCGAAACCGCGCGAAGGCUCAUCAGGUCUAUGCUUCUACCCAAAUCACCUUUCUCUUCACCCUCUCAUCUCUACACUCUCUUCUCCCUCUCUUCAACCCCCAUGAAACCCCUUUUCUCCGACAUGCUCUUAUCCAUUUGUUCCGAGUCCAAAAUGGUUUCGGAAUCUGCGGAAUUGUACAUGUUGAUGAAGAAAGAUGGUGUAUUGCCAUCCGUAGCGUCUCUCAAUCUGUUUCUUGAAUCUUUGGUGUCGACAAAACGGUACGAGGAUACUCUUCAGUUGUUUUCGGAGAUUGUGGAGUCCGGGCUUCGACCGGAUCAGUUUAUGUAUGGGAAGGCGAUUCAGGCGGCAGUGAAGUUAGGGGACUUGAAAAGGGCUAUUGAGCUUAUGACUUGUAUGAAGAGGGGAGGGGUGAGUCCGGGUGUUUUUGUGUAUAAUGUUGUGAUUGGUGGGUUGUGUAAAGAGAAGAGAAUGAAGGAUGCGGAGAAGCUAUUUGACGAAAUGCUUGAUAGGAGGGUGGCACCCAAUCGGAUUACCUAUAACACGCUUAUUGAUGGGUAUUGCAAAGUGGGACAGUUGGAGGAGGCAUUUAAUAUUCGGGAGCGGAUGAAGGUGGAAAAUGUGGAGCCGACCAUUAUUACUUUCAAUUCGUUGCUUAAUGGGCUUUGUCGGGCACAGAUGAUGGAAGAGGCACAACGGGUGUUGGAAGAGAUGGAAGUUUAUGGAUUCGUUCCGGACAGAUUUACUUAUACUACUCUUUUUGAUGGCCACUUGAAGUGUGGGAAUGUGGAUGCUUCAAUUACCCUUUCUGAAGAAGCAGUAAGGAAAGGGGUUCAGAUUCUUGAUUAUACUUGUAGCAUUUUGUUGAAUGCGUUAUGUAAGGAAGGGAAUAUGGAGAAGGCUGAGGAAGUUUUGAAGAAGUUUUUGGAAAAUGGGCUUGCUCCAGUAGGGGUGUUUUUUAACACAAUUGUGAAUGGAUACUGCCAGGUUGGUGAUAUUAACAAAGCAUAUACGACAAUUGAAAAAAUGGAAGCAGUUGGGUUGAGGCCCAACCAUGUCACUUACAAUUCCUUGGUCAAGAAGUUUUGUGAAAUGAAGAAUAUGGAGGAGGCAGAGAAAUGCAUAAAGAAGAUGGUGGAAAAGGGAGUUUUGCCAAAUGUCGAGACAUAUAACACUUUAAUUGAUGGCUAUGGGCGGAGUUGCCUUUUUGAUAGGUGUUUCCAGAUUCUCGAAGAAAUGGAGAAAAAGGGGCUAAAGCCCAACGUUAUAAGCUAUGGUUGUCUCAUAAAUUGUUUAUGCAAGGAUGCUAACAUUCUUGAAGCUGAAGUAAUACUUGGUGAUAUGGUACACAGAGGAGUGGUGCCAAACGCACAAAUAUACAAUAUGCUGAUUGAUGGUAGCUGUAUAGCGGGGAAGUUGAAAGAUGCUUUCAGGUUUUUUGAUGAGAUGGUGGCAAGAGAGAUUGUUCCCACGCUUGUAACAUACAAUAUUCUUAUAAAUGGGCUCUGCAAAAAGGGUAAAGUAAUGGAAGCUGAAAACUUGGCCUCUGAGAUCACAAGGAAAGGUUUGAGUUUUGAUGUGAUCACAUACAACUCCCUAAUUUCUGGAUAUUCUAGUGCAGGAAAUGUUCAGAAGGCUUUGGAAUUAUAUGAAACUAUGAAGAAAUCAGGAAUUAAACCUACUCUAAAUACAUAUCAUCGUCUCAUAGCUGGAUGUGGCAAGGAAGGACUGGUGCUAGUGGAAAAAAUUUAUCAGGAAAUGUUACAGAUGAAUUUGGUUCCUGAUCGGGUUAUAUAUAAUGCACUUAUUCAUUGUUAUGUUGAACAUGGAGAUGUCCAAAAGGCAUGUUCUUUGCACUCUGCCAUGGAAGCCCAGGGGAUUCAGCCUGACAAGAUGACCUAUAAUUGCUUGAUUCUGGGGCACUUUAAAGAGGGUAGGAUGCAUAAAGUAAAGAAUCUUGUCAAUGAUAUGAAGAUUAGAGGAUUAAUUCCUAAAACUGAAACCUAUGACAUACUGAUUGUGGGGCAUUGCAAGCUAAAGGAUUUCGAUGGAGCUUAUGUCUGGUACAGAGAAAUGUUUGAGAAUGGUUUCACUCCCAGUGUCUCUAUUUGUGACAAUCUUAUCACUGGCCUUAGAGAGGAGGGAAGGUCCCAUGAUGCUGAUGUUAUUUGCUCAGAAAUGAAUAUGAAAGGAAAGGAUGAUUGUAGAGCAGAUGAGGAUGCUUCUGCUGUUUGAAAAUUGUAGUGAGUGUUUGUUGGGGUUAAGCUCUCAGUAGAGUAAUUCGUCUACAAAGAAAGGCCUAGGCAGGGGCUUAACUGGUCUCGAAGGUGGUAGAUGAGGUUCUCCAUUCAAAAUUAGCAUUAAAGCAGAUAUGUUCAGAGGACUAAGCGCUGGCAGACCUUCCACAAUUAUGAAGAUUUGGCAGGGAGAUAUUCAUGCUGUAUAAGUUUUAACAAAAUAAUUAAAUUGAUCUCCAAAGAAAAUGAGGUAUCUCAUACUUAUAGCUUUGCUAUGUUGUUCAGAGUUGUAUAUCUACUCUAGGCAGAAUUCCUUUUCAUAUUUAAGGGUGUGGAAUGGAGAUAUUUAUUUGAAUAUGUUUUUUGAUCUAAAAAUAGAAAUUGUGCCACAUACUGCAAUAUGUUGGAUUGAAUUAUGAGCCACAUCUUAUGAGAUUCUUUUCAAAAGCUUUAGUUGGUAUAA